AUGGCUGUUCGCCUGUGGGUGGUCACCCUGGCCUUGGCUGCCCUCUUCCUUGUGGGCAGGGAAGUGCCAGUGUCGGCAGCAAAGUUCAUUUUCUCAAGAAUGCUAAGGCAGCUGCUUGCACCCAUCUGUGAGCACAUGGCAGAAUCUCCAGUCUGCCCCUAGAUAUAUGACCCAGUUUGUGGCACUGACGGGGUCACGUAUGACAGUGAAUGCAAGCUCUGCUUGGCUCGCAUGUAAGUCCACCCCCCUACCUUCCCCUGGGUUGGCUUGGGUGGGCCCCAUCUGUGGUGCAUAUGAGUCUGAAAGGAGCAGGUCUUGACCUGCUUCUUCCUUCACUCACACUUGGCCUGGGAAGAGUCCUCCAACAUUUGCCCGUAACAGAGUGAGUGCAAGUAUAAAUCAAAAGA